GUUCUUUGAGGAUUUAGAAAAAUGUUUAUUUUAAUUUCCACUUUGUGGUUUUGUUCGCAAUUUUUCGGAUUGAAAGCUCAACUCGAUGUGACACUGUUGGAUUUUGUAUUCGAAUCUUAUGAUCCGGAUUAUUUUAAAGAUAUGGAAAUUAUCACAUGGAAUAAUGACAUCGACAUAAAUAUGACAGUAAUUGACUACAUGCCACUAGAAGCUGAACUACGAAUACAAAUAAUUGGUGCAACGAUGGGAGAGUAUAAAGUACCUACAGGUAUCGACUGGAAGUUUUCUUUAUGUGAGGGUUUAAAUGAGCCAAUCAUCAUGCGAAUGAUGAUGAGUUAUCUUGUUCCGCCCAUUGACGAUUGUCCGCCUGAACUGGGAACUUAUAGUGGUUCAUAUAAAUUCGAUGAUUUUCGAACUUUUCCGGACUCUUUCCCCCCAAAUAAUUAUUUAACGAUAACUUCAAUUUAUACUUCAGAAAAAACAUUACUCGAAAUGCGCAGUUAUGUGUCUACGCGUUGAAAACUAUAAAAUAUAGUGCAUGAAGAGAGAUAAAAUGAAGAAAAAAUGUAUUUUUUAAACUGAAAAUCAUGUAUAUGAAAAUUUAAUCAAUAUGUUAUUGUAUUAAAUGUCUAAAUAUUGUUCGGAUAAUUAAAAGUAUAAGAAAAAAAACUGCAAAGUUUAAUAUUUUGAUUAUCUCUAU